UCAUUUCAGAGGUGCACGAUGAACAUUCCAGGAUCUGCGCUGCCCCGUCCCUGGUCUAUUCAUCGCAUCCCCACCACAUCGAGCGGUAGUCCACAGAAGGCUUUUGGUGCGCAGCAUCUGCUAUGAAGCUAAGCGUAUCCGCAUACAGGGCACACGCGUCUGCGCAUAAGAAGAUCCUGGAAUCCUAUCAGCUCAACUAUGGAUCAACGUCAGCAAUCCAUCCACACCCCACUACUGCUGGCGGUCCACCACCUGGGAUUGGGGCUGCUUGUUCUGGCUUUCACAUCGAACCACCUCCAGAAAACGGAUUGCAUGGGGCGGAUGAAACCGCAGGAAGCGAACGGACAGCACCAGAUGCGGAUGGCAGUUCAGACGACGGCAAUACACCGCAACAUUCCCCAAGAUCGCAGAACACAAGCCGGGAAGAGGAUGACAGUUCAAACGCCAACGAAUCGGAUAAAAGUCCGAAUAAAGGAUCGAUAAUCUUUGAUGACAUGUCGAGAAGGUCUUCGCGGAACCCCAAAAUGGCGACCCAGAGUUGGAAAAACAUCAGAGCUGUGAUGGCAUACUAUCAUACCCUUCGAAAAAUCAAGAGAACGAAAUCGAACCAACGAUGGAUGAAACUUCGAACUACUGUACAAAUUUCUUCUGCUAUCCAAAAAAAACCACCCUUAAAGAGGGAGGAUUCUUUCCUCCAGCGUUUCACCACGCGUCAGAUACCGGAAACUCAGGAAACUGUGGACGAUACCGGAAGCGAGGGAAACACUGGAGAACAGUCGGCACCCAGGAGGAGGAGAAGGGCCAGGAGGCAGCCUAGAUCUGUCGUUAAUCCUGACGAGAACUUUUACUUCUACUGGCUGUUCGUUAUCACAAUCUGUGUCUUAUACAACAUGUGGACCCUGAUAGUAAGACAGAGUUUUCCGGAGCUGCAGAGUAUGAUCUCAAAUUUUUGGGUUGGCUGUGACGGUCUUAGCGACAUCGUAUUCGUCCUUGACUGGUUCGUGCAGCUUCGUACUGGCUAUCUGGAGCAGGGCCUCAUGGUUUAUGAUUCCAAGAAGUUAGCUUGUCAUUAUCUACGUUCACGUGCCUUCUUGAUGGAUAUGGCCUCCCUCUGCCCUUUGGACUGGCUCCAAUGGAAAUAUGGAUCCCAGCCUUUGCUCAGGUUUCCUAGAUUCUUCAAGGUAUACCGAGCCAUAAAUUAUUAUUACAUGGUAGAAUCGAGAACAGUGUGGCCGAACUUAUGGAGAGUCGUAAAUUUGAUACAUAUUCUUUUAAUCUUAGCUCACUGGUUUGGCUGUUUCUAUUUUUUACUGUCAGAAGCUGAAGGUUUCCAGGGAGAUUGGGUAUAUCCAUAUCGUCCAGGUGACUACGCCACUUUAGCAAGGAAAUAUCUAGGAUCCCUAUAUUGGUCGACUCUAACGUUAACCACUAUUGGAGACCUGCCAACUCCCGAAACUAAUGCAGAGAACACUGGUUCAGUCGAUGGCCCGAGGUCUUUGCCGCGCAGAGGCGUGAAAUCAAGACUCCUCCAGUUUGACACGAAUUUCGGGUAUAUUUUUACGAUUGUUAGCUAUUUGAUAGGAGUUUUCAUAUUUGCCACGAUUGUCGGACAAGUUGGUAAUGUUAUAACGAAUAGAAAUGCGAAUCGAUUAGAGUUCGAAAGACUUUUAGAUGGGGCCAAAACUUAUAUGCGUAAUCACAAGGUACCUGGUGGGAUGAAAAGGAGAGUACUCAGGUGGUACGAUUACUCCUGGUCCAGAGGCAGGAUACAGGGAGGAGGAGAUAUAAACACAGCUUUAGGACAUCUCCCGGACAAGCUCAAAACAGAACUAGCACUGCACGUUAACCUCAGUGUAUUGAAAAAAGUUACCAUCUUCCAAGAAUGUCAACCAGAAUUCCUUAGAGAUCUUGUUUUGAAAAUGAAGGCGUAUAUCUUUACGCCAGGUGACUCUAUCUGUAGGAAGGGCGAGGUAGCCAGAGAGAUGUUCAUAAUCGCUGAUGGUAUACUUGAAGUGAUAAAUGAAAAUGGAAAGGUUUUGACGACGAUGAAAGCUGGAGAUUUUUUUGGAGAAAUAGGAAUCCUCAAUUUGGAUGGAUUCAAUAAGAGAACAGCUGAUGUGCGAUCAGUGGGUUAUUCAGAACUCUUUUCUCUGUCUAGAGAAGAUGUAUUAGGGGCUAUGGAAGAUUAUCCCGAAGCUCAAGAAAUCCUACAAGCUCUAGGGAGGAAAAGACUCAAGGAAGUUCAGGCAUCUGCGAUUUCCACUUCUCAACAAAAACACCAACAUGGCCAUAAUGAUCCAAAAGGACUUGUUGACAAAAUCAAAAAUGAAGCAAAGGGUUUGAGGAAUGUUCUCAAGAAAUCAAGAACCAGUAGGAGAUCUCAAGAAUCCUUAGAGUUACAACCACUGCAUUCGUCUGGAUGUGGUAGGAGUAGUUUGAAGAGGAUGUCCAGAGUCAAGAGUCAUGAUCUUAGUCAAGAUGAAGAUCGAAGUAAGAGAGAAAGUUGCCACGGAUCAACAGAAACGACAUCUCCUCUUGGUGCAGGGUUACCGCUUCUCAAUAGAUUAAGACUACUGAAAGAAAAACAAGAGAACGAAGAUCGUUCGAAGAACUCAACAUCUCCUAUGAUUUCUCCUUCAUCUUCUAGUAUCAAGAGUCCACCGUUGAUCAGCGAAGAAAUUCCAGAAGAAGAUCCGACAGACAGUAGCAUACCCCUUCUUCAGAGAAUUCUAUUAUUGAAGGCCAAAGAGGAGAGAGCUGCUAAGAACAAGGAGAGAGAAGAGAAGGAAAGACUGAAAAGGGAAGAAGAAAGGGCAAGGAGAGAGGAAAAAGGUAGAAGAUUAUCACGAAUAAUGGGAGGAAGUCAACCGAGUAGUCCCACACCAACAUCACCUCCUAAAAUCGAGAGUAGAGCUAGUUUUUCUGGAGUUCUAUCCAGAGCUAAUAAUGUCAACAAAGGAGUUAUAUGUACAAAUAGAGUUAAUCAUAGUAGCAAGAUGUCGUUGAGGGAAAGGCUCAAACUCUACUCUAGUGCCAAAGAUACAAAACUGUCCCUCAUAAAUGAUAAAGACAACAAAAUUAGUGAUCAAAACGUGCCAAUAUCGAACGGUUCAACUGACUCGAGACAGAAAAAUGUACCCAGUGAUGAUAAUCAGCCGUCCAAAGAUGAAAAUGAGACAAACAAAAAUACUAACAAUCAACGUGCUAGUGAUAGUGUAGAUAGUGUUUGUGAAGAGCCUCAUUGGAGUAAGCUGAAGAAGGCGGCAAUAGGAACAGUAGAACCGUCGACUUCUUCUGCAAAGACUAUAACUGUCAGUGCGAAACAGCGCGCGACAUCAACCAUAAAAAAAAUUAAGCCUAGACUUGUUCUGUCGGGACAGAACAAGCAGUACAGAUCAAUCGAUGAUCUUUCGCCAGAGUAUGGUAGCCUUCCUUUCGUGAAAAAAUUGAAAAUAUUGAACGAAAGACAAAAACUUGAAGAACUUGAAACCGUUAUCAAGACAAGAAGCUUUAGUUUGGACAUACCAGACAACCAACAGAGUAUAGAGGCAGAAAAUUUGACUAGAUCCCACUCUGAGGGCUGUAGGAUGCACGACCAAGAUAAACACCAUCUAACAGCACCCAUUAUAGCCCCUAGUUCCCUACAUUCCAGCACUGAAUCGAACGAAACGCCUGAAAGACGUAACUUGAAGUCAAUUCUGAAGAAACUCUCCGAAGACGUCCUCCAGAACAACUCGGAUCCAAGGAUGCCAGAGCGUUUGGAUUCCACGGAGUUUCGUAGGCUGAUGCGAGCGCCCACCGUAGAAGGCUAUGCGGCAAGACAUAGUAAACUGUCGAAAAGCGUCACCUUCAAUCGUGAUACUUUACAGAGCCCGCCAGAGUGCACCACACACAGUGCCCCGCAGAGCCCCUUCCCAGUGGUCAAUUCCUCGAUGGUGGAAAGAAGUACGCAGAUCGGGGAAGAUUUCCAGUAUGAACAGCACAUCCAGAAGGUGUCUGACGUAGAGAAGGGAUUACAGCUUAUGACGAACAAGACAAAUCAAGUGAAAGUAAUCAAAGCUCUAGAUGAUGAACAGCAGUAUUUCACAGAUAUACUACUAGCGAUAAAACAAGUAAUGAACACACAUCUUCAAGAGAUGCAGGAUAAGUUCCAUCACAGGUUCGAGAGGCUAGAAGACGAAAUAAAGAACAAAGAAAAGAUCAUCAAUAGGUUAAAGGCGCAUAUAUUUGAGCUGGAGAGGAAUCGUGAGGAAUCAUUCAGGGAUUCUGUGGAAACCAUCAUCGGCCGAGAAUCUUCUUGGGAGGAUCCAACGAACGAAGAGAGAGAAGAAAUCGAGGAGCUAUCCCAUCUACCUCUGUCUCCAAGACCGACGUGGUCUACCAGACCUAGAUCUUCAGAUAAUGUUGUAUUGAACAUAGAAUCUAACACAGACACAGAUUCUGACUUAGGCGACAGUUCGGAACAGGCCGGUUAUGAAUCUGGUGAAUACGAAAAUUCUAGUCAUAACUGGGAGGUCGAACUUCUUGCUGCUCAAAUAAGACAAAGAAGGUCGGCCAGUUUAGAUACCAAUAUUGGAAAAUCAUCUACUAGAAAGAGAUUCGUGAGAGGUUCAAGUGACGACGCUUAUAACUGAGAUGUGAUCAAGUUGCCCUUAGAGUUCUUGGCCGAAAAGUUGAAAGAUAGAGUGAAGAUGCGAAUGAGAAGAAUAUCUCCAACAUACCGAAAAAACAGAACAAGAUAUCCAACGUUAUGUGAAGAAUAUUCAAGAACAAGAGACGAAAUAACAAAUGACAACAAAAAUAUAAAAUUAUAAUUAUCUACGAAAGAAAGCACACCAAACUAUGAUACUAAUUUUUACUAUAGGAACUCUAUAACAUUUGAUACGAAGCCUCGAUACCGCUACCCUAGAAUAUUUGUACAUAAAUUCCCUGAAAAUAUCACAAACUUUUAUAUAGCUAGAUGAUUCGAAAAACAAACGGAAUGUUUAGGAACAACAAACAUUGAAUUAUGUUAAGAAUGUAAAUUCACUCAGGCUGGAGCGUUUUAGUGAUGGCCGAUAAUUCAAUAUAUAUCGAAGAAUUGUAGAUAACAAACUAUUUAGUAAUAAAAUAUCUCAUAUUGAAGAUUACUGAAUAAAAAUAUU